AUCCUCAUCAUUCACUUGACUCUCUUCACCAUCUCAACUCUUCCCAUCGCUACCACUCUCCCCCAUCGCGCCUCUUCAUCUCCAUACCGACCCGUUGACCCACGCUCCCCGUCCUCCCUGCCUUCCUGGCUCUUGCCACCCUCAAGGAGCCGAGCCCCUUCCCCCCACCUCACAUAGUCCCCCUCCAUCUGCGCCGGUCGCGCCCCCGCGCGCACCAUGGCACAGCAAUCUCAGCAGGAGCUCCAGGCCGAGCUCGCCCAUCUCUUGGCCACCCAGCAUCUGACUGGGCCGCCAUGCCCCGAGUUCCUGGGAGCCGAACGCGCCCAAGUCGUGCGGCAGCUUUACAAGACGAUCCUCAACCAGCCGGAAUGGGUUGCUGCCUUCCUCCCAGACCCCGCGGAUGACUCCGACUUCAGUGCGCAAGCCUCAGCGUCUGGUGCGCGCUCCACAUUCAUUCCAUCUUGGGACGACGCGAGCGAGUGGCUGCUUCCAUAUACUGACACGACAUACGAACCACAACGAUGCUGGUCCCUGCUCGACGCGCAGCGCCUGAACGAGGAGCGCCACCGCCGCGCCGGGAAACCAGGACGCGUCUCUAGGCCCGGCUCAAUCUGCGGCAAGGUCCUUCAGCGCUACGAUCGGACGUACAUCUGCAAAACAUGUGCCAAGGACUCGUCUUGCGUACUCUGCGUCGACUGCUUCCAAGCAAGCAACCAUGAAGGGCACGAAGUGCUCUUCGGUCUCUCGUACACGUUCGCAGCUGUGUGCGAUUGCGGGGAUUCGAGCGCAUGGCAGGACAACGAGCACUUGGGGUGUGCGCACCAUCCACCAGUACGUGGCAACCAAUUGCCCCGCCCCAAGGCUCAAAACCCGCCCUCCGCACUCUGCAAGGCGCUCUAUGAGACCAUUGUCAUCUGUGUCGAGUACAUCAUUGCAGCCUUUGAGCGCUCAGCGUUGCCGAACGACUAUGGCAAGCUGCCCGCCACUCGCGAGGAGAUGGCCGAGGGCAAUAUCCCCUCUGCCGAGCCCGCCGAGCUUCGCGGCAAAGGCCCAUGGGCCAUCGUUGCGUGGGCAGACGAGCGUCAUGGCUUGCGUGAAGUCACUCGCCAAUUCCGCGACGCCACGGGCUUGUUGUGGGACGUUGCUGAACGAGACGCCAAGGAGUGGGACGAGGUGGGGCGCAAAGUUCUUGCUGUCGUACAAGUGGACACCCAAGCGUUCCACCACGCCUCAAUGCUCCAGCAGAUCGACAUUGGCGUCACCUUGCACCACGCUUACGACGUGUAUCGCGAGGACGUGGCAGGGUUCCUCAUCCAGUGGCUCAGCGAAAUGUGCAAAACCACCAUUUGUGGCGACGAUGAGCUGGUGCGCCGAUAUGUUGCUAUGGCGUUCUUCCAGCCCCGAAAUAGACGAUCCAAGCCAGACGUUGGAUCGCCUCUCGCUCCUGACUUGGCCGACCUUGAGGCGAGCGGGUCAAAAGCUGUGCGGUUCGACUGGCUGAUGCGUCUGGACGUCCGCCUGUGGAAGCGCGCCAAGUGGCAGCUGCGUGACAUUUAUGCCGGUAUAUUUGUGCUGGGCCGGGACUUCAAGCGCCAGCUUGCGACGCGGUACUCGAUCAACUACGGCUUCACAUUCGAGCACUAUCUGUAUCAGGACCGCGACGACUCGAGCUUGGCCUUCUCCAUGUCGUACAUGCUGCUGGGUAGAAGUUCACCCUGCGGCGAAGCCAUCGUUGAGAGCCAGCUUUUCCGAUCUGUCCUGGAAACGGCGUUCAACUAUUACUCAUUACGUGGAACCAAGGACGAGUGGAACGAGUACGACGUUCAACGUUUCGACAUAGACUCCCCCGCUUUCAAGGGGAAGAAGGGGUUAACGCUUCUGAGUCACCUCCGCGCGCUACUCAAGUACAAGGAGGUCAAGGCGCAGAUUGUGCAGGAUGAGGAGCUUUUCGAAAGAACUCUUUUAUUCCUCAACCACUUCGUCGGUCUGCAGUCGCAGCGCCGUGAACUUGAGCGUCAUGUCGAGUACGAAGUCGACUGGAUCAAGUCGGUCAGCGUGCUUCCUGACUUGAGCAAGCUAGCUCGCGAGUUCGGCGAGGCAUUCUAUCUUGCGGACAUCAAUCAGAUUCUCACUGCUAUCACGAUGGUACAGCGGCGGAUCGUAGAGGACCAGACGUUGCAGUCAACAACGCUCGAUCGCGCCAUGUACGAGAGCCCGACGGUCAAGCGUGUCGAGGAUGUAUUCCGCCCAGGGACUGCGUACAGCAUCCUCGACAUCAACGUCGCACGUAUCACGGCCUUUUCGAUCCACCACUACAUGCACUUGGUCAUGGCCGAGCUCGUCAAAGCGUACCGCCACGUCUGCUUUCCGGACCCUACCAACUGCUCGCCGGCGAGGUUCGCCAACGCAUUCAUAACAGUAGCUUGGGGUUCGCCUCCCGCUCCGUGGACCGUCCCAACAUAUCUCAUGGAGUUCCCGCUGCAAAAGCACGUCGUCUUGUCGCAGAUCAGAUUGUCCAUGUGGAUGAAGAACGGCGCCGCGAUGCGCCACCAGUAUCACAACUACCGCGAACCGGCGCAUCGCGAGUUCACGAUCGACCAAGAGUUCUUCCUCCUCCAGUUCGCCCUCUGCAUCAUGGACCAGCAGCAUUUCCUCACGGUGGUCAUCGAACGACAUGGCUUGAGCGACUUUUUCCGCCUCAACGUCAUGUCGCCCAAGCUGUGGGAAGGUGAUAUGGACCCGAAGGAGGCGGUCGCCAUGAUGGAGGAGCUUCUGCUGCUUAUCAUCUACCUUGUCUCGGACACAGCAGUCAUUAACCGCCUCGACUCUCGUGACAUUACGCGCAAACAUAUUAUUCAGACUUUGGCCCUAGGGCCAUUGCCGUACUCGGAGGUCGUGCGCAAGCUGCCGGAGCGCUCGCACGAGAGAGGCAGUUUGAUACCCAUUCUGGACGAGCUGGCAACCUUCCGGCCUCCAACCGAGACCGCCACGGGUUCAUACACUCUCAAGCCCGAAUUCUUCGCUGAAGUCGACCCCUUCUGGCGCCAAUACAGUCGAAACGAACAGCGCGACGCUGCACAGGUGCUGCUGGAUCGCGCCUUGAAGGAAGAUCCUUCCGAAACAAACCCCGUCAUCAAACCCUUGCCACUCCGCAUUCCCCCUCACCCAGCGCCGUUCUGCAACCUUGCCGACUUCCUGCAGACCCCGACAGCCUCCGCCAUCGUGUAUUGGUCGCUGAGUCACUGUAUGAUUAUGGCCACGCCGGAAGACUGGCCUGGUAAAUAUACAAGCCAAAGGCAGCCGACGGGCCAUGUGCUACCGGCCAUGGACGCUCUUCUCACCCUGUCCCUGCACCUCGCCAUGAUGGUGCUGGACGCCGAUCCUGGAGGAUUUGCAAUGCGGUCACUCGAGAUUAUUGAGACGAGCGGGUCAAUGAGCAUCUUCCAGAACCUCUGGUUCAUGCAGACUAAUUCGGCCUUCAAAGUCUUCCGUCCCAAGGUCGACUACAUCCUCGAGCGUAUCGUCGAGAACCUACCCGAGAACUACACCGUUGACUACCGUGCGCAGCGCGAUUCACGGCGUGCUGCUGCUGCCCAGAAUGCCGCGGCUCAGCAGGCCGACAGCGCAAGGGCGCAGGCGAAGGCGCGUCAGCAGGCUCUCAAGGCCAAAUUUGCGCAGCAGCAGGCCAACUUUGCCGCCACUUUUAUGGACGAUCUGGACGACGAGGAAGAGGAGCAGGAGCAGAACGACCGGUACGGCGAGUGCAUUGUCUGUCAAGAACCUGUCCACCCUGGCCGUACGGGAGGCAUGCUCGCCUUCCUUCAGCCAAGCCGCAUUAUCCGUGAUGCGGUGACGGACCGGGAUUGGUACGAGGAGGUGCUCCAGACGCCCUCGGAUCUUGACCGUGAUACGCGCUACCUGCGCUUCGGGAUGGCCACGACUGGUGAGCCGCUCAACACAGACGCGUAUCCCUCAACCAACAUGCGUUUCGGCGUCUACGUGUCGGCGUGUGGUCAUCUCAUGCACGACCACUGCAUAUAUCAGCACAAUGAGGGAACACGCACUCGCCAAGCGAGCCAGGUUCAACGUCAUCAGCCCGAGAACGCAAUGCGGCACGAGUACAUGUGCCCGCUGUGCAAGAGUAUUGGUAACAUCCUCGUACCUUUGGACCCCACAGCGACAUCAUUACGUCCGAUGCCUCGCUCCAAGGUCGCACCAGGCCUCCCACCAACACUCAGCGAGCGCAUCCGCGCGGUGAGCGAGGAGGGCCUCUUGCGUGUCUCCGACUCAGCCAAGAUCUGGGACUUCCACGUGGAGACUGGCGAACUCGUGCCAUGGUUCACCGACUGCGAGUUCCAGCGUCACGCCUUGGAUGCAACGUACCGCAAGACCCACAAGAACGUCCACCGUAUGGUCGACCGGAUACGCCAGCUCACUCGGCCCCUCUCCGAGCAGUCGCAGAGAAUUCGGGGCAAGAAGACGCAUAUGUACCUUGCCGACGAUCUCGUUGGCUACACCGUGUCCGUGUGCGAGAUCACGCACCGCGGGAUGGCUACUCCUGGCUUGACUGUCGCCGAGCAGAUUCCUGAGACGGGCCUCAAGCUCAUUAAGCAUCUCAUCGGCACGCUACAGCUUGAGCUCGACUUGUUCUUUGGUACCAAGACAGACCGCACACCAUUACGCGUGGGGCUGUUUGCACGCUUCCUUCCGGAUUGGUACCGUUCCGCCACGCUACCUUCACCUCUGCUGUUCCGGUUACCGCUUGGCAUGGUAGUCGAGGCGGCGGCAAUUGCACCAGACCUGCUCCAAGCGGUCAUUGUCAUGUCGUACUACGCCGAGCUGACUCGGACAAUGCUUGGUUUGUCGGUCUUCAUCCGCCGUUCGGUCUCGAGCCGCAGUGCCCCUCAGCCUCGCACCGAACCCCCACCAGACGUGUCGCGCGAGGAUGCCUUGUCGGUGUUUGGCAACUUCCGUCAGCUCAUGAUUUCCGUGUUGCGGAAUGCUGGCCCGUUUAUCGACAUUGAGGCGGUCCUGGCACUCAUCCCGGACGAGACGGUCGCGAGGCUGCUCUACGCCUUCACACUUCCCUUCCUCCGCCGUUCAGCCAUCAUCUACUACGCCGUCAAUAACGCGUAUCCUGUGACCAACCCCGACUACAUUGUGACCGAGGGGUGCGAGUACCGUCGCCUGCUCAGCCUGCUAGGCAUCCCAAGUCCGACGGAGACGCUUGGCAACCCGCACUCGACGGAGACGCCGAUUGUCGCGCGAUGGCUGACGCAGUGGGCGAUGCAGGGCCGCAUAAUACCUCCACUGGAGUACCCUGGGACGUACGAGCUCAUGCGUUUGCCUGAGGCAUACGAGGUUGCAGCGAUCCGUUACGCCGGCGAGCGCUGCGAUGUCUGCGGCAUGCGACCCAGCUAUCCUGCGCUGUGCCUGAUCUGUGGGCGAAUGGUGUGUUUGGCAGGCGACUGCUGCUCGGAGGGGGAGCAGGGCGAGUGCAACCUGCACAUGAGAGAAUGUGGUGGAGUUGUGGGCAUCUUUGCCGACCUCAAGCGCUGGGUGAUUCUGUACCUGUUUGCGGGCUCGGGCAGCUUUGGUCCGAUGCCGUACCUCGACCAAUUUGGCGAGUUGGAGACGAACUUGCGGUGAGUGAUUGCCCUCGAACAGAAACUGACAUCCAGCCGCGGACACCGUCAGAGAAUGCACGAGGGACGGUUUGAGGAGUUGCGCAAGAACGUGUGGCUGCAGCAUGGCGUGCCGACAUUCUGUGCGCGCAAGCUUGAGCUGACGAACGAUGGGGGCGGAUGGUCGUGUCUGUGAGGGAUGUGCAUGUUGCAUAGUGAUAGGAUGAGACACAGUGCAUGGAGAGUUGUGAGGCGCG